CUCCGCGUCCAUUCCCACUGACUUUGUGAAGCGAGUGAGUGGAGAAGACGGCGCGCGCGCACACCUUUGCGGGCCUUUGAAGCAUUUUUAACGGUGACAGUAAAAAAAAAAAAAAAAAAAAGGGCUCAUCGGUCAGUCUGAACGAUGGCCGGGUGUUGCGUGUCGGCGGAGGACAAAGAGAACCAGAGGAUCAACGAGGAGAUCGAGAAGCAGCUGCGGAGAGACAAGAAGGACUCUCGCAGGGAGCUGAAGCUGCUGCUGUUAGGUACCGGAGAGAGUGGAAAGAGUACCUUCAUCAAACAAAUGAGGAUUAUCCACGGAGGAGGAUACACAGAUGAGGACAAGAAGAGCUAUGCCAAACUGGUCUACCAGAACAUCUUCACCUCCAUGCAGACCAUGACCCGAGCCAUGGAGGCGCUGAGCAUCUCUUUCGCUGAUCCACAGAACCAGAGCCAUGCAAACUCGGUUCUGGAGGUGGAAGUGGAUAAGGUGGAGGAGUUCCAUGAAAGCCUCGCGGUGGCCAUCAGGAGUCUGUGGGACGAUGCAGGGAUACAGCAGUGCUACAACAGACGCAGAGAGUACCAGCUGUCCGACUCCACCAAAUACUAUCUCACCGACCUGGAUCGCAUUUCUCAACCCUCUUACAUACCCGACCUGCAGGACAUCCUCAGAGUCCGAGUGCCGACCACGGGAAUCAUCGAAUACCCCUUCGACAUGGAGAAUGUCAUCUUCAGGAUGGUGGACGUGGGGGGCCAGAGGUCCGAGAGGAGGAAAUGGAUCCACUGCUUUGAGAACGUCACCUCCAUCAUCUUCCUGGUGGCGCUCAGUGAGUACGACCAGGUGCUGGCUGAGUGCGACAACGAGAACCGUAUGGAGGAGAGCAAGGCUCUGUUCAAAACCAUCAUCACCUAUCCCUGGUUCCAGCGCUCCUCCGUCAUACUGUUCCUCAACAAGACCGAUAUCCUCAAGGAGAAGAUCAUGCACUCUCACGUAGCCACCUACUUCCCUGAAUUCACAGGACCUCAGCAGGAUACGACAUCUGCUCAAGAAUUCAUCCUGAAAAUGUACCAAGAACAAAACCCAGACAAGGACAAGCAGCUGUACCCUCACUUUACCUGCGCCACGGACACAGAAAACAUCCGCUUCGUCUUCGUGGCCGUCAAAGACACCAUCCUCAGACACAACCUGAAGGAGUUCAAUCUGGUGUGAAAGGGAGGACAGACAUGAGGAGAGCCAAGAUAGGAGAAUUACUUAACACACAGCAUUACAGGGCUUGUUUCUUGGCUGGCUAAACAGAGAACAAUUAGAUCCACUGAAAAGAUUUAUGGUUUCUUUAAUCCAAAGAUUUAAAUAUUUUUCGUUUUUUGUGCCUGUAAAAAUCCAGCCAAAGAGAAUACUAACAUGUAACAGACCGCUUUCCUUAGUUAUAGUGUCUGAAAUGCAGAUUUUGUGUGUUUUGUAUAUUCCAGCCUUUUAGAAAUGUGCUGUAAGAAAAUGAUACUUUGCAGUAGAAGUAAGAAUGUGAAAGUCAGUGGGAAGUAAUGUCGUUUACCUAUUGUGUGGGCUACUUAUUUUAUUACUUUUAAAAAUACAGUUAUCAGAAAUAGGAUCCAAGUAUACAAUUUCUGCAAGAAUCCCAUUAGUCGUGAGUUUGGUGUUUUAAUAUUGUCUCGAUGUUUUUUUUUUCCCCUCACACUGAGCAUCGUGUCUGCUUUUGCCUGCAAGUGCCUUAUUUACUCAGGACAGUCAGUUAGAUGUAAAUAAUCCAAGUUGUGCUUUCGAAAACUCUUCUCAACCGUUUAUUCUUUGGAGAAAUGGAAGUUAUAUUUAUGGUUAUUUUCAAUAAAGAAUUAUAGUUACUUAAUUAAGAGUGCAUUUUGUGUGCUUGAGAUUUUCUGGGUACAAGAGAUACACUUGAAACACAUUUUAUUAUUAUUUAUUUUAUUUUUUUUCA